AAGUAGAGAAGGAAGGGAAGAGCGGACAGUGGUACAUAACGUAUAUAUAGAGCAAAAGGUACAGUUAGCCUCACUCUCCAACCAUCCGCCAUGCUGUUUCAGAGUCAGAUUACAGUACUGCUGUUCGCGCUGGGGGCGGCUGUGGCCGACACACCCGCUAAUUGCCUCUAUGAAGAUAUUCGAGGCACCUGGAACUUUUUUGAAACGGAACGCUCUGGUGACAACACACUGGACUGCCAGACACUGGGGUCCGUGGUUCACACAAACACCUUCACACUCGAUUUCCCCAAUACUGCCACGGAUGAGCUGGGCAACAAAGGCACGUGGACCAUGAUUUGGAACCAAGGUUUUGAGGUGACUAUCAACCAAAGAUCAUACUUCGCCUUCUCCUACUAUGAGGGGAACUUAGUGUCCGCCACAUCCUACUGCGACAAAACUUCUAAUGGGUGGUCUCGCGACGCCACCGUCAGGAAUUGGUCAUGUUUCUCAGCCAACAAGACCACUGAGGUCACUCCUCGUGUCACUAAGAUUGACACCCUGAGGACACAUCACCAAACUUAUCGAAAUGACCAUGAAAUGAUUGAGAGAAUUAAUUCGAAGCAGUCAUCUUGGACAGCCAAAGCUUACCCGGAACACGAGAAGUACACCGUGAUGGAGAUGGGGCAGCGGAUGGGCGGCCUAAGGUCAGUGCCGUAUAACUCACCAUCUCCAGCAGCAGCCACUCCUGAACAGAAGGCACGAGUUUCCCUCCUUCCCAAAAACUUUGAUUGGAGGGACGUGGAAGGAGUGAAUUACCUGGCGCCAGUGCGAGAUCAGGGCGGCUGCGGCUCCUGUUACGUGUUUGCCUCCAUGGCCAUGAUCGAAUCCAGGAUCAGAAUCAAGACACAUAAUCAGCGACAAGACGUGUUCUCCACUCAGGAUGUUGUCUCGUGUUCGAUGCUGUCUCAGGGCUGCGAUGGAGGCUUCAGCUACUUGAUCGCUGGCCGCUACGCAGAGGAUCAGGGAAUUGUGGCCGAAGAAUGCAACCCCUACACUGGAAAGGACGAUCCAUGCAACACGGAUAGCAGCUGCGCGCGUACCUUCGUCAGUGAUUACGAGUAUUUGGGUGGAUACUAUGGCGCCUGUAAUGAGGAGAAGAUGUUGCAGGCGCUAGUGGAAAAGGGACCACUUGCUGUAGCCUAUGCCGUUUACGAUGAUUUCCCAAAUUAUGACGGCGGUAUUUACCAUCAUACUGGCGAGAGAAAUAUCUUCAAUCCUCUGGAGUACGUGAACCACGCUGUGUUAUUGGUGGGCUAUGGAGAAGAUGAGAUCACAGGUGAGAAGUUCUGGACGCUCAAAAACUCCUGGAGCGACUCUUGGGGAGAGGAUGGGUACUUCAGAAUACGCCGAGGAACCAACGAGUGUGCAAUUGAAUCAAUGGCAGUAGACAUUACUGCCAUACCUUGAGGCCCCUGUUUCUUCACAAAGCAGACAGAUACACAUAAAUAAAGAGGACAGGAUGAGUCUAGAAAUGUCAUUACGAUCUUAGAUUAUAAUAAAGAAAAUUACAUCUA